AAAUGGAAAGGUCCUCAAAGCACAAAAAUUCAAGUAAAGUAAAAUUCAAUUUAUAUCAACAUUUUAUUUAGAAUGAAUUAGAUAUAAUUGAGCUACCUAUAAAUUAUUUCAAAUACCUAUUUCUAGCCCAAACUUCUAAUUGUGAAAUAACCAUCAACCACACUGUGAGAGCUUCAUUUAUAAGAGAGUAGUGGUUUGUGAAAAGAAGAAAAAGCAAAUGGAGAGAGUGAGAAAAGAAGGCAAAGUUCACAUUUUGGUGAUUCCUUUCCCCGACGCACAAGGGCACAUAAACCCCAUCCUCCAAUUCUCCAAACGCCUGGCUUUCAAAGGCCUUAAGGUCACUCUCCUCAACGUCCUCCAUGAAAGCAAUCCGACUUACGAGCUUAACGUUGGCGGUGGUGAUGGUUGUUCGAACUUCAUUAUUAACGUGGAGGAGAGGCCCCGAGCGCCGUACAACGGCAGAGAACCGGAGUCGAUAGAGUCGUACAUGCAUCGUCUCAAGACCUCCAUUUGCUUCCAUUUAACAAGCCUCGUGACGCAACAGCAGAGCUCAAAUUCCCCAUUCGUGUACGUUGUGUAUGAUUCACUCAUGCCUUGGAUUCUAGAUGUGGCUACAGCAUUUGGGCUUCGUGGGGCUCCUUUCUUCACUCAAUCAUCCGCUGUUAAUGCCAUUUUCUAUCACAUCAACCAUGGCUCCUUCAAGCUUCCCGUAGCGGAGACUGGUGUGUUAUUGCCUGGGUUGCCGCUUCUCCAUGCCUCCGACCUUCCUUCUCUCUUAAUACCUAAUCCCCAACACAAUCCUUUUUUUCUCAAGUUGAUGAUUGACCAAUUACAUGACCUGCCUGAUUGGAUGUUCAUCAACUCCUUCCACGCCUUGGAAACACAAGCAAUAGAAUGGAUGCAAAGGCACAUACCACUGAAGACAGUUGGACCAACAAUUCCAUCCAUAAUGAUAGACAAGGAGUUGAAGAUUGACGACCACAAUUACAGAAUGAAUCUAACCAAAUCAACUGAAAACGACAACAGCAAAAUCAUGGAGUGGUUAGACUCUAAAGUUCAUAACUCUGUCAUAUACGUAUCACUUGGAACCACAUCAAAUCUUCGAGAGGAGCAAAUGGAGGAGCUUGCAUGGGGACUCAAAGCAACCAACAAAACAUUCCUUUGGGUUAUUAAGGAGGCCGAAACCCCAAAUAAGCUUCCACACAACUUUGUUGAAGAGCUAAAAGGGAUGGGGAUGGUGGUGAAAUGGUGCUCCCAAGUCCAUGUUUUGGCUCACAAAUCAAUUGGGUGUUUUGUCACUCACUGUGGUUGGAACUCAGUCUUAGAGGCUAUUGCUUGUGGGGUUCCCAUGGUAUCAAUGCCUCAAUGGACUGACCAAAUGACUAAUGCCAAGUUUGUGGAGGAUGUGUGGAAGAUUGGUGUGAGGGUUAAUCCAAAGCAAAAUGGGAUUGUUAGGAGACAAGAGAUUGAGUUGUGUAUUAGGAAAGUUAUGGAGGGAAAGAAAAGCCUUGAGAUUAGACAAAAUGCAACUAAGUGGAUGAAACUUACGGCUCAAGAUCAAACUUCUGAUGACAACAUUGAUGAUUUCGUGACACAACUUACAAAUCGUGUUGUAUGAUUUUUCUUUUUGACGAUAUGUCAACGUUGUAUGUCUGUGAAUACCAUUGGGGUGUUUCUACUUAGAAAAAUGAUAGUCAUAUUAUGUUUCACAUGUAUUGUUUAAAGUUUUGGAGAUUGUAAACAUGUGUCUAGAUUGUGAUAUGUAUGAGUUUGUUAAUAA